AUGUUUGCUCAACAUUUCUUAAAAUAUUUAUGUUUCUCUCUUUUGUUUUUCUCUUUUGCUGAACAACAAAAUGUUUUUGCCUCCCAACAAAAACAACAGCCAAAAACAAGUUUAUUUAAAACUGAAAGAAAUGAACAACAAAAACAACAGCCAAAACCAACAAAACAACCCCCAAAACAAACAAAAACAUCAAAACAAACAAAAACAACAUUGUUUUCAACAACUAAAACACCAAAAACAUUAAAAACAACACAACAACCUCCUUGUCUUUUACAAGAUUCUGUUCAUAGAAAAAGUGUUUUGACUGAUGUUUUGUCGGGGUAUGACAAAACUGUUCUUCCUUCCAAUGAAAGUGUUGUUGUUAGUGUUGAAUUGACUGUUCAGGCAAGUCGUGUUUUUGGUUUGGAUAUUUCCACUAUCUCAGAAAUCACUGGUUCAUUUGUUGCAGAUGUCUGGUUUUCUCAAAUUUGGUUAGAUCCUCGAUUAGAAUAUUGGAAUUAUUCGUGUAAAUCUAAUCUUUCCUUAGACUCAUCUGUUGCGGAUAAGGUGUUUUAUUUCAUUUAUGUUCCUGUUAUAAAGGCACCGCUUUGGACACCAAAUGUUUGUUUUGUUAACAGUAAAGAAACAAAAGUACAUCGUUCACCCAGCAAUAAUGUUUUAUUAAUAAUAUAUCCAAAUGGCACAAUAUGGUUAAAUUAUCGUGUUAGAGUUAGCGGUCCAUGUACUUUUACAUUGUCCCAAUUUCCUUUAGAUCAUCAAGAAUGUGUUUUAAUUUUUGAAUCUUAUUCUUACAAUAUUGCAGAAGUUCGUCUAAUAUGGCAAGAAUGGGCACCAGUUACUAUACCUCCACCUGAAGCUCUUCAAUUGCCUGAUUUUCAUUUUUAUAAUGUUAGCUGGGAGACACAAAUGAAUGAAUACACUGCAGGUGCUUGGGAUCAAUUAAAAGUAACAUUUCGGUUUAAACGUUUAUAUGGCUAUUAUAUACUCCAAAUGUAUUUACCAACAUAUUUGUCUGUGUUUAUUUCUUGGAUAGCUUUUUGGUUAGAUUCUCGUGCCUUGCCAGCAAGAAUAACUUUGGGAGUAUCUAGUCUUAUGGCUUUAACUUUUCAAUUUGGAAAUGUUGUUAAAAACCUUCCGAGAGUUAGCUUUGUUAAGGCAAUUGAUUUGUGGUUUUUUGUUUGUGUAUCCUUCAUUUUCUCAUCUCUAGUUGAACUGGCAAUCGUUGGAUUUGCAGAAAAACGAUCGGAUCAGAAACGACAAAAGAGUAAGAAAAGUUGGAGGAAACAAACAAUUAAAAAUAACAAUAAUUCUACGAUAAAAAGGUAG